AUUAACGCUGGUGAUUGCUCACCUCUGAUAGCUGGGAGAGGUUGUAGUCGCUGAGCUUAUAGUCUCCGAGCUGACAGGGGUGUUUUUGGGGAAGAAAAUCGCUGUGUUGGAUACUGUGUCAUUUUGGGCAUUACACAGCGUACCGCCGAUGGAGCCAUCCCGUGACGAAGUGUUUCGUAAAGUCUUUCAGGAGUUCAUGAUAAACCAAUCAGUGUCGGUUCGGCGACCCCUCGUGACUUGACGGAUUGCUUUUUGCCACAUGCCGUGAUUUGCCGGUGCACUGUGUGCCGACACCGCGGCCGCGGUGUCCGACUACUAUAAGAGCGGCCUCGCUGACUAAACUCCCACCAGUUUCCGCAGUGAGCCGUUUUUCAAAGGAAAUCCCAUGAUUGAGUGCGCGCACAUCUGCGUCGACACAACCUGAACGAGUUUGGAUUUGGAAUAGGUAAACGCGUAGGACGACAUUGUGCACAUCUGCCAAGUGAUUUUGUUUCUUGUAGCUGAGCAUUUCCUGUGAUAGAGACGCCAUGUCGUUCUCCAACGUUACGAAUAACACAGAUUUUGAGGACGUGGACCAGAGUGUCAUUGACGCCAUCGGGAUUGUCACGGCAAUCCUUACCGUGGUUGGUUUUUUUGGAAACAGCGGCAUCAUCCUGAUCGUCUUGAGUAACCGCUCCAUGCGCAACCGGCCCAACGCACUUGUGGCCAGCCUGGCCGUAGGUGAUCUCCUGGUGGUCCUUGUUAGCGCACCGCUCCGGAUCUACCAGAUGGUUUACUACAUGUGGCCAUUUGGUUUGCUCGUAUGCAAAUUCUCCCACACCUUCAGCAUCAUUUCGCAGGCUGUGUCCAUCUUUUCCAUGGUGGCGCUGAGUCACGAUCGGUACCGAGCCAUCGUCACACCAAUGAACUACUCUCGCUUCCGCGGCUCUGGACACACCGUCGCCAUCAUCUCCGUCGUCUGGUUCCUGGGAUUCAUCUUUUCCAUUCCGGCCUUGAUCUUCUCAGAGGUCAUACGUAACGAGCAUUUCACUUAUUGUAUUGUCAUCCACGAUAUGUCCACGGAAGGCAAAGUCUACACUGUCAUGCGAGGCCUAGUGUUGUUUAUCAUGCCGCUGAUGAUCAUCAACGUCUACUACUGUAUGAUAUCCAGGAAGCUGAUAGCUAGUACCCGUGCCUUACCUGGAGAAGUCCAUGACAAGAGAUCACAGAUCAGCUCCAGGAAGCGCUUGGCCUAUCUAGUCUUGGCUAUCAUCGUCCUUUUUAUUGUCUGCUGGUUUCCCUUCUUUAUCUUUCAGAUAAUUUUCCACGUCGACAGCAGCAUCCUAUUUACGCCCAUUAUGACAUACCUUAGGUUGCUCGCUGAGGCGCUAACUUACGCGAACUCCUGCAUCAACCCCAUCCUGAUAACUGUGGUCAGCUCCACCUACCGCAAGUAUUUCUGCAGCUAUCUGCGUUGUCGGUGUUUUCGAAAAGCAAAGUUCAUCAGACCCCGAGCCUCGACAGUCUCCUCCAAGGCAUCUUCUGCUCGCACUCGAAUCACCGAAUUUGCCUGAUUAUCUGCUGGGUGUUUGUCCGCGCUAAUGAAACACAGCAACGAAGCGGAGGUACACAACAUACGAAUUAGAACAUAAAACAGUAUUCUCACUGUUACAUCAGGAACGAGACCACAGGCUUUCUGAGACUUAUUUAUGUACUUAUAAACCAACUAGUUCAUACUGAAUCAACUGUCAUCCUAAUACUGAGCGGUUGUCUGCCUGAACUGGCUUGAAAAUUAGUCUGAAGCAACUCAAUGAUUCUUGAAAACUUAUUCUUGAGUGUAUCCGAUUUUUUUAAAACUGUGAUUGUUAGCAUGAUAUGAUUAUGGACAAAUAUGUUAAUAGAUCCACCAUUUUUGAGUCUGCUCACGGUACAAGCAUGAUCUUGCUGUCAUCUGACGGAUAGCUAUUUUUACUGGUUUUACCACAUUAGAAAGUGCGUUUGUGGGCUUAUUAAUUUUGUUUUCCACAUUUGUUGUAAACUAUUUUUAGCAGAGAAGAUAGUUUUCGCAUUCCGUAUACGUUGGUUGGUCUACCGUAAAAUUGACGUGAAGUGUAGAUCGAGCUAAUGGAUCGACUCGAGAGUGCGUUAUGUCAGACGUGAAGUGAAUGGUGCGAGUGGUGCCUCCGAUGGAGCAUUUGAAUGGAUAUAGCCGUCUGUGAACCACAACUGUCCGGUCAAAGGAGUUCGUGACGUAAAAUGAGACAUGCUUCUUUUCUCUGUCUAGCUUGAAGUUCACCGACCCAAAUUCAAAAGAUUUUGGGACGUUGGCAAGGAUUAUUUUAAAUGAUGAGGGUAUGGGAAGACUAACAGGGCCUAAUAGUGUCUGAUUACCUCAGUAUUUUGUAAUGUUAUAUCCUCGGACUUGUGUGCAUCUGGCACCGAGUAGUGAGGUGCGGGUGAAGAGUACCGGUUUACAUAACCACAUUUCGCGAAGUGUAUACUUCAUAUCUUUAAAGGAAAAUUUUAUACGGUUCUCAAUGCAGAACAAGCCUGCAUUGGCAGAUUAAUUAAUUAUUUUCCAGAGAGAUAUAUUACACUGAAUGUGAUGUGAUUUUUUUUUCUGUCAGCGAACUUGUGGGAUUUUCCAGGUCCAUUGGACCCCUUAACGACUUAAUAACGAUGCUUACACCACUUAGACGCUUAUUUAGACUUAUACACAAUGAGUAAUUUUAAAAUGGGAUUGGUUGAGCACCUGCUAGCCAUGACAUUCCAUGUGUCCGUAAAACUACAUCGCCAGCACUUUCAGUUCUUAAUGUGAGAACUGAGUUACUAUCAGCCAUAAUUGUUAUCAGCCAUCCAAGCUGAAGAAUGAGGGAUGAGCGCUGUGUCGUGAAGUGGAUGGGCGUGGCGAUUGUGGUGAUUGUGGUGGGAUGGUAGUAACGAGAGAUAGAUCGAUCGAGACGAGGCCGAUGCCUUUUUCUGUAUGUGUCAAAUAGUUCUGCUUAUAAAACGGCCGUGUUUUCAAACAAACAGAGUUGUUAAUGGCAGAGUCCAAUAUCUUUGGGCUGCCAAGCGGAAAAAGUUGCAAAGCAAGGUCGCAAUAAGCCAUUGGCGAGUUAAAUUUGAAAUAAAUCUGGUGCACUGAGUUAUCUGACUGCACAUAAACAUAACAAUUUGAAUUCCCCAGACUAAAGACACUGUUGCUAUACCUCGUGAUUUGAGGCAAGCUUUCGCUUAGCGACCUUCAUCUCUGGAAUGGACUGGUUCCUGUGUGUCCUUCUUAACCAUUGAGAACAGUGGUUUCAUACUAACGGGACAUUUUUAGACAGAGCCGUUUCACUAACGAAAGGUGGACUUUUCUGCAAAAUGUGGUCGCCUGUACAGAGCGUAGACAACACGAAAACGGUCCUUUAUAAGUUUGCCGCUCAGCGCAAUAUAUGCUAUUUCCAUUGAAGUGUAGGUCAUGGACCAAAGUAGAUACAAAAGCGACUGCUUGCUGUAGAUACCAAAGUACAUUGGAACCCACUCAUGCUGCCGAACUGUCUCUGAACGUACACAAAUCUAAUUUAACAAUGCCCCCUACUUCACCAACUAGAGUGAGAGCCCUGUAAUCUAGAUUAAACGGCCGGAAAUCUAUCCUCAUUGAGGCGCCAAGAAUUUCGUCAAUCUGCUCAAAGCAUUUCUUCACAUGUGAAUAAUAACCACUUUCAUUGCUCAACUUGAAAGCGCCCAAAAGCCAAGUAAUUUGAAGAUGCCAUUAUGCCCUAUUUGUGCGUCUUUUUUCCCCUUCCUUAUAAUAUUGUCAGGGUAAGCGCUUUCUAUUUUCACACGAUUUUACUCUUAAGUAGUCGUGAAAGAUUUCAGAAAUCCAAAAUAUUUACCGUUCGUGCGAGACAAUCUUUUAUCACAAUGUUAAAGGCAAACCUCAUUCACCAAGAGUUGGCAAGCUUGGAUAUUCUCAGCAAUAUCAGCUCAAGGGAGGGCGUUUUGAACGGCGAUUGUCUAUUACGUCCAGAAGAGGCACGUAUAGGCGUGACGUUUUUUCCGUGUCAGUCAUCUUAACAUUGUCGAGUUGGUAUCUAUCGAGUAGGCUGACACAAUGUCAUGAAUGCAUAACACAGGGUCCACUCAUGAGUUUGAUUGAACGAUUCGCUCAGCGGAAAAAUACUAAAUUAAGAGGUGAUGAGUUUUAUGUAUAUAUUUAACAUUCAGUGCAUCCACUUUGGGAAAACAAACUUUUGUUGCGUGACGUGUAACCGAUUGAUUUGGAGGAGGUGUUGAUAAGUAACAGGUGCAAGAAAUUGAAAUCACGGAAAUAAACAAUGACUUGUGAUAUAGCUGGACAUCUAUGAAAUUAUCAUUGUACAUAAAAUAUAUAUUUAUUCGUGUAAAUAUUUAACAAAGAAUUCAAACAUAUUUGUCUGUAUAACAUAGUGAUAAGAUACCGUAGAAUAAGACUAAACCUGUAAAAACUUAAGUUCUGUAAAAACAGUCACGAGAUUUAUCCACAACUUACUGUAUUGUAUUGUAUUUAUAAUCUAUUUAUUGUAUUCGAGUACCUUACAGAAAGGUAUUUCAGUGUUAUUGUGGCAACAGAAGUACACCAAAGUAAGAAAUUUCACGUUAGAAUCUUUUGAUAGUUGGACUUUUUUUGCUAGGAUUGCAAGAAAUGUUGACUCCUGCUUUUAUCUGUGACCGUAUUUGUUGGAUCAGUCUGAAUCACAUGGCUGCAGCUGAAGUUACACAGAGGUCUAUGAGAAGUGGCUGAAGCCGCUGUAGCCAGUGGCUUCCCUAAGCACGCGCGUCAUUUCCAGCCGAAGCCAUAUUUUUCAGACGUAGCCUUCAUGUCCCGUGGCUGUUCGUGUUUAUUUUAUUUCACCAAACUGUGGAUUACAUGUCCAUGUGUAAUUUAUGCACCCACCUGUUUGGCUUGAAGGAAGCAGAGCUUGUCGAUUAAUCCUUGUUUCGUCAAUGCAUAAAAUAAAGUGAGGAAUGUGUAAUAUUCCGGG